AGUGAGAGAAUCAGUAAUUAGUCUACAUUAAGUGUGUAUAAUACAAAAACAAUAAAUCGAAAUGCAUAAUUACGGCUCAAUAAUAUCAAAAUGGGCCAAAAUGUGGUGAAACGUGAAGUUAAAAAAGGUUUAGAACUUUAUGAAUUACGGAAACUAGAAAGUGCAAUCGAUGAAUGGAAUAAAGCUUUACACAGACUGAAUGGAACUGGAGAUAAUCCUACUAAAUUCGUCAUUCUAGGGCAUGUUUGUUGUGCUUAUUUUGAUAUGGGAAAGUAUAGGUGUAUAAUAACGUAUGCAAGGAAACAACUUGAAGUUGCAGAAACAAUAGAACAGGAAACGGAAGCCUGUUUAAAUUUAUCUAGAGCAUACGAACGUUUAGGCGAGUAUAGUAUAGCGGAGGAGUACUGCAAAAAAUGUCUCAGUCGUGACAGAAAGGACUCCAAGUGGGUCAAAUAUGCGUUUUUAUUAUACGGCAGACUUUAUUUUAAACAGUGCCAAUUUUACAAAGGACUUAAGAAUCUUGAAGAAGCUAAAGCUUUUGAAAAAUUGAGUAAUGAUAUUGCAUUUAGGAUACUUGUAAAUAUAUCAUAUGGGCAGUUUUACACAUUUGUUAACGAUAUGGAGACAGGGUGUAUGUAUAUACUUAAAUGCAUUGAAAUUUUAGAAACAAAUACAGAUUCAUACAUUACUAAGAAAUUUCAUAAAAGUAUACAAUUGGAACUUGCAAAGAUUCAUUUAGAAAAUUCACGAUUGAACGAAGCAUUAGACACAUGUGAGAAUGUAAUGAAGGACGCCAUGGAAAGUCGAGAUCGACAACUUCAGGGGGAAUGUCUGUAUGUCUUUGCUGAAAUCCACAGAAGAAGCAGAAGUUUUGAGAGAGCAAGUCCUAGAUAUGAAUCAGCAUAUGCCAUAUUUACUGAAAUAGGAGACAGAUACGGUCUGAUGCAAGUCUUAUAUGGAAUGGCUAAAACAACGUGUCUUCAGCAAGAUUUUGAUCAGGCCAUUGAUCUGUUUAAGAAGACUUUGGAUGCAGCCCAGGAAAUCGGAAAUAAGAUGUAUGCAGUUAAAUGUUGUGUGAACUUGAUAGAUUUGUGUGACACUGGGUCAGUCGAGUCUACACAAUCGUAUGAACAGUUGUUAGAUGACCUACUAGAACAAAUGGGAUUGUACUGUGGUGUCUGUAGCGAGGCUAUAGGAAAAACAAAGGAACAAUUAGACAUGCUACCAUGUUGCCAUCUCAUUCAUACCAGGUGUGCUUGCCAUUUAGCUAGAUACACUUGGGGAAGGAAGGAAAAAAUGAGACCUUGUCCAACAUGCAGGAAGCUGUCUUCAUCAAAUCCUAUGUUGUGAAUAUUGUAAAGUGUUAUACAUCAUAAAACGGUUGAAGUUUUAACCGUGGAUGUUUGGGACCAAAUGAUUUGAUAUCAUUCCGGACGAUCUUGAUAAAAAGGAAAAGCGUGCAAAAAAAUACGCUUAUGUAUUUUUAAUAUCGUAAUCUGGCGUUUAUUGUAUUGUUUUUAAAUCUGCAAUAAAG